AGAGGAUUGAGACUAGAGAAGCAGACACACACAACAUCUGCAGCUCCCUGGAAGGAUCUGUCAUAAAGAUUCCUUUGCUGCACUGCUGCCUGGAAAGGGUUAAGCUCAUCAAGUAAAUUCAAGCUAGCCUGGAUAUCUGCUCUGCAUUCUAAGUAAGGCAGAGAUGCAUGUCACUGGAUCAGCUCCUGUAUGAGAGCGCGGAGACCUUCAGCUCGCUCUUUGGGUUGCAGGCUUCACUGUGGAUAUGUUCAAGCUUGCAGCAAAGUUCAUUUUGAGAUGGCAAGGUUUUCCCUUGUGAAGGAAGGACAGAUACCAGCCUGACUGUUGGGACUUGUUUGCCAUCUAAUCUUCCCAAUUGACCUCUUCCUAGGAACGGUACGUCCUAGAGAGCUGAGACCUGGACUAAUGCCUUCCUGGACACCUGAUGUACCUGUGUGCCAAAUUUCGUGAUUGUAAAUGCGACAGUGCGGAUUUCUUUAGCGGACAUACAUAUAUAUUAGAUUACCAGUGUAUCGUCUAAUGGCAGAACAAAGAUGGCAGACCUGAGAGGAGGAUGCUCGUCUUGGACACAAUGAGCAUUUCUGUUUUCUUCUUAAUAUACUGUCUUCUUAUUGCAUCAUCAGUAAACUCAGCAUCUGAAUCAUUAUUGUUGGGAUCAUGUAAAGAUGUGUGUUUAUGCGAAGAAAAAGAUGGGUCUUUAUUAAUGAAUUGUGAAGAAAAGGAUAUCACAACAUUGUCAGAAAUAGAAGCACCUCCAUCUCAAUACUUAGAAAUAAAUCUUUUGAACAAUGGUCUGUAUAAACUACACAUCAAUGAGUUUUCAGAUUUUAGUCACUUAAUAUCAUUACACCUUGGCUUUAAUAAUAUUGUGGAGAUUGAACCCGGGGCUUUCAAUGACCUUCAUAUGCUUAAGAAACUGCAUAUUAAUCACAACUCACUGGAAAUAUUACGAGAAAACACUUUUUCAGGACUAGAAAACUUGGAAUUUCUUCAAGCAGACAACAAUUUUAUCACCACAAUUGAAGCAAAUACAUUUAGCAAACUUAACAGGUUAAAAGUUCUUAUCCUCAAUGACAAUGCUAUUCAUUUCUUACCUGCAAAUAUUUUUCGUUUUGUGCCCUUGACACACUUGGACCUACGAGGAAACCAGUUGCAAAAUCUUCCUUACGUUGGACUUUUAGAGCACAUUGGAAGAAUUAUUGAGCUUCAGUUAGACGAUAAUAGAUGGGUUUGCAACUGUGACUUAUUACAACUAAAAAUAUGGCUUGAAAAUAUGCCUAGACAAUCUACAAUAGGUGAUGUGGUCUGCUUUAACCCUCCUGAUCUGAAAGGAAGUAUUCUUCGAAAAUUAAAGAAAGAAAUGUUCUGUAUCACAACUCCUAGUAGUGAUCUAGAAGAACCUUCAGUACCAUUGUCUUUGUUAGGUACAGCAUCAAUAAAUGAUGGGCGAUUGCCAACUAAGAUAACUUCACUUCCCAGAAAUCCAACAAAGGAAACAUUUGUUCUCACAAAAGCAACAACCAUUCCUCCAGGUAUAUAUUGCCCAAUCCCAUGCCACUGUUCUAGUUACAGUGUAUCUGGGAAUUUGAUACACUGUCAAGAGCGAAAUAUUGAAAGUAUAUCCGACCUGGAAUCUCUACCGCUAAAUCCAAGGAAGCUAAUUUUGGCUGGAAACAUUAUCCACAGGAUUUAUAAAUCAGAUUUUACAGAAUAUGGCACCUUAGAGAUGCUUCACUUAGGUAAUAAUCUGAUUGAAUUGAUUCAAGAACAGUCGUUCCAAAAUUUGACCAAGUUACAGAAAUUAUAUUUAAAUGGAAAUCAUCUGAGAAGUUUGAACUCUGGCAUAUUCAUUGGCUUGUUGAGCAUUGAAUACUUGUAUCUUGAGUAUAAUGCUAUCAGUGAAAUCUCAUCUGGAACUUUUUCUGUAAUGCCAAAACUGAAGGUGCUUUAUUUAAAUAACAACCUUCUAAAAACAUUACCAGAAUAUAUAUUUUCUGGAGUUCCAUUAUCAAAACUCAAUCUAAAGUCUAACCAAUUUGUAAACAUUCCUUUAAGAACAGUUUUGGAGGAGCUGGCUUUGUUGACUCAAAUUGAUUUACAAGAAAAUCCUUGGGACUGUACGUGUAAUUUAACUGGUCUUCAGAAAUGGAUACAAAUAUAUAAAAUGGCUAUUAUAAGUGAUGUUUUUUGUCACUCUCCUAAAGAACUAGCAAAUAUGGACCUGAAAACCCUUGAUAAAGAAGACCUUUGUCCGGAAUUAAAAAAUAAUCAAGCACUGCCAACACAAUUAAGUUUGAAUAGUCUUAUACCAACAUCAACAAGUGCUAGUAAAGUUGAUAGCAUAUUAAAAUCACUUUCUGAUUACAUGCCACUGUCGGUUUUAAUACUUGGACUUCUAAUUAUCUUAAUCACUGCUGUGCUAUGUUCUGCUGGGAUAAUAGUUCUGGUCUUGCACAGGAAACGACGAUACAAAAAGAAAGAAGAAAAUGAACAAAUCAGAGAAAGUAGCCCUGUUCAUAUUCGGUACAGUAUGUAUGGCCAUAAGACAACACAUCAUAUGACAGAAAGGCCAGGUUCAGUUCUGUGUGAGCAAAGGAUAGCAAAUCCAGUAGUUCAAGUAUAUCAGACCCCACCAUUUACACCAAAACAUGUAGAGCAAAGUCAGGAGGAUGAAAACGGGCUCAGUGACCCAAAGAAAAUAGCUAGUAACCUAAUAGAAAAUGAUAGUAAUUCACUGCAAGACACUUCAAAUAUAAAGUUCAAUGAUCCAUCAGCAGAGUUUCUGUCUUUUCAGGAUGCAAGUUAUCUUUACAGAAAUCUCAUUGAAAAAGAGAAACAAAUGCAACAGCUUGGCAUUGCUGAUUAUCUUAGAAAAAAUAUUGCUCAUUUGCAACCAGAUUUAGAGACUCGUUACCCUGGAACUCGUGAAGAGGUAAAAUUGAUGGAAGCACUUAUGUACACAAGGCCAAGGAAAGUACUGGUAGAGCAAACCAAAAAUGAAUAUUUUGAGCUCAAAGCUAAUCUCCAUUCAGAACCUGACUACCUUGAAGUUCUGGAGCAACAGGCGUGAGCUUUACAAUAUAGAACAUUAGACACUGAAUCGAGAACUUGAGCGUAACUGCUAUGGUAAUAUGAAGUGCCUUACUGAAUUGUCUUAAAGUAACGGAUAUUUCUGUAGAAACUCAGGGAUGAAUGGAUUUCUGGAGAUGUAAUUGAGUUUUAAUUAAAUAUUGUAUGCUAGAAAGCUUUGUAAAUAUAUGGUUGAUUUAAUGUGCAUAAAAUGUUAUUUAUACUUUAUAAAGGACAAAAUAUAAUUUAAAAAGCCCUUUCAAAACCAUGAUUAACUUUCAUUCCACUUCCCAAUAUCUUAAUAUCCUUUACUGAGUACACGGCAGUUGAAAUUGCAGGCUUAUUGCCAUAUAAAAGAAAAGGUUAUUGUAAGGACAAGGGGCAGAAUAGUAUAUCACCUUGUAACUUCGGACUCUAAUAACUGUCUAAAAGGGGUGUUUCAAGUAAUGUACAGCCUUGCCAAUGACCUUUCAGUAAAGGGCACUUUCAGCUCUUAUUUCUGUCAGAGAUGAAAAAUAUGAUUUCACCCUACCCCACCCCAAGUUUAGUAUAGUAAUUUGCAGGGUUGUACUGUAUACAUGCUAACAUGUUGUGAUACACGUCAGGGAAACGUGCAAUCAAAAGCAAAGUUCUUACAUUGCAUCAUAGAUAGUAAUUUCUUACCAACAGAGACACUCAUAGGAAAGAAGAGUGGAGCCUAAGGCUACUUUCACACUAGCGUUCAGGGCUCCGCUUGUGAGUUCCGUUCAAAGGCUCUCACAAGCGGCCCCGAACGCUUCCGUCCAGCCCUAAUGCAUUCU